AUGUCCUCCAUCCACCCGGAGUCCACCGAGGACUUCGAGUUCAUCGAAACCCCGGCUGCCCCCCAGCAGUCCAAGCCCGCCGUGGACUGCGGUGUGCCGACCACCUUAUACCCGGCCAUUAAGAAUGCCCCCGUCCCCGCCGACUCGCCGGGUAGCGACAGCUUCUCCAAUGGCUUGAUGAUCUUCCUCCUCAUCGUGGUGCCUUGGUUCCUGGCCCGCCAGGUCCGCGGAGGCCUGUACACCACCAUCUUCUUUGCUAUCUUCACCACGAUCCCAGUCCUGAUGGCCUUCUGGACCGUCUCCUCCACCAUCUCCCCGCGUAAGACCGAGAAGGCCAAGUACGCCGGCCGUCCCGUCGAGCACUACCUGCAAUUCCACAGCGAACAUGACCGUGCUACCUACCGUGGCAAGAGCAAGAUCCCCAUGGAGACUUUCUAUGAGAAGUACUUCAACGGCGAGGUCGACUUCAAGGGCGAUGCCCUUGAGUGCCUCGAGUACCGUCAUGACUGGGCCAACUUCCGCUUCACCAUGGGUCUGUUCAAGCACUUCCUAUUUGGCUUCAUUCCCGAGAUGCUGCUGCACACUCGUUCUCAAGAUGAGGAGCAGGUCCGUGAUCACUACGACCGCGGCGAUGACUUCUACGCCUGGUUCCUGGGCCCGCGCAUGAUCUACACCUCCGGUAUCAUUAGCGAUAUCAACAAGGAAGAGACCCUUGAGGAGCUGCAGGAUAACAAGCUGGCCGUUGUUUGCGAGAAGAUCGGCAUCCAGCCUGGCGACACCAUCCUCGACCUGGGCUGCGGCUGGGGUACGCUGGCCAAGUACGCCUCGGUCCACUACGGCGCCCACGUCACCGGUAUCACUCUCGGCCGCAACCAGACCGCAUGGGGUAACAACGGACUUCGCCGCGCCGGCAUCGAGGAUACGCAGAGCCGCAUUCUGUGCUCGGACUACCGCGACUCGCCCCGCGUCGACGGUGGCUACAAGAAGAUUACCUGUCUGGAGAUGGCGGAGCACGUUGGUGUGCGCCACUUCUCCUCGUUCCUGUCCCAGGUUUAUGACAUGCUCGACGACGACGGUGUUUUCUUCCUGCAGAUCGCUGGUCUGCGCAAGUCGUGGCAGUACGAGGACCUGAUUUGGGGACUGUUCAUGAACAAGUACGUCUUCCCCGGCGCCGACGCAUCCACCCCUCUUGGCUUUGUCGUCGACCGCCUCGAGGGCGCCGGCUUCGAGAUCAAGGCCGUCGACACCAUUGGCGUUCAUUACUCCGCCACCCUCUGGCGCUGGUACCGCAACUGGCUCGGCAACCGUGACAAGGUCGAGGCCAAGUACGGCAAGCGCUGGUUCCGCAUCUGGGAGUACUUCCUGGCUGCCUCCACCAUCACUUCCCGCCAGGGUGGUGCGACUUGCUGGCAGCUUACCCUCGUCAAGAACAUCAACUCGACCCACCGCAUUGAGGGCAUCAAGUCCCAGUUCGGUCUCACUGGUGCUCGCCAGGCUGCCAUUGACCGCGCCGGUGCUCUCCCCAGCGCACAUGUUGUCAAGAAGGAUUUGUAA